UCGAGAACAGGACAGUUGGAGGAAUCACCCUUGCGAAGACGAUAUCAGAACCAUGAAGUUGUUUAUCGCACUCGUUGUACUGGUCGGAGCAGCUUAUGCAGACUUUAAUUUCGCCCCGAGCGAAGGUUGCAUGGUACUAAAACUUCACGAGCAUUCUCAUAGUACGGGCGCCGUUCAGAAGGAUGACGGUUCUGAGAUAUUCGCUGAUUACGAAUGCCGUGAUUAUUGCCGUUAUAAGCCCGAAUGCACGGCCGUCGACUACCGUGGAUUAGACGGGCUCUGCUUCAUGCAUACGACCCCGGCGCCGGUACUGAUCCCAGCCACCGCGGAAUCAACUGGUUCGCCGUCCGGUUGGCAGACCGUCUCUCAAUACAGGAAGGAGGGAACCUGUGCACCGAAUCCUGACCCCCAGGGAUGUAUGGCCCAUCUCCUUGGCAAGCACUCCCAAGGUGCUUAUGCAAUCGAAGAGAAUGGCGGGGGAUUCUAUUCUUGGACACCAGAUACGUGCCGCGCAUACUGCGCCGAUUCGGCCGAAUGCAAGGCUGUCGACUACGUUGGAGCUGACAAAACCUGUCACCUCCACACGAGUUAUGAGCCAAUUUUAGAUGUGACAGAGGGUACGACAGGACAGGUUCAGUUCCAUACGGUAUCACAAUUCAGGAAGAAGGAAGGAGUCAGUGUCUGCCCCGGCUAUUAAAAGAACCUCGUGUCGUAAUAGUCCUACCGGUGUUUGGUCAACAAGAACACAAGCCAAAUACAUGUACUUCGAAUUCCCUGUCCCAGCAUAUCUUAGUAUAAACUUCUCUUUAGUCUGAA